AUGCUGAUUGCGUUGGGAAGCAAAAAGACGGUGGCUGGAGUGGGGAAGCCAAAGGCAGGCCAGCGACAUGCAGGGAUGAGCUGGCGCGCCCUGCUUAGCUUCCAAGCCUUGCCCUCGGUCAAGGAAACAAAGGAAACACGCGCCAGGGCAUCAUACCUCACCGCAAAUACUCACACAUGUCGGCUCUCCUACCUAGCUAACCCGCCGCACUUCCUUCCAAGCAUGAGCAACGCCAACUACGCCGCCAUCUCUCAUUUACUAUUCCCUCUCAAGGGCAAGACGGCCAACGGGCCUGUUUACGCAAGCGAGGGGCAGGAAACAUGGAGAGCAGCAGCAUUCCAAGCCCCAGCUCACAAUGGGAAACUCCUCGAGGGACUCGAGCGCGACGUGUCCAGGGCUGCACAGCUGGGCCAAGCCCUCCUCGUUCGCCAUGAAGCCUACGUCGCCGACUCGGAGCGAGAACGCAAGCAGAUGGUUACAACCAUCGAGACGCUGGAGAAGGAGAAGCUGGACCUCGAGGCAAAGAAUGCCCAGACCAUCAAGGCGAACCGCGACCUCUUGGACCGGCUGGAGUAUCUGAAUGACGCCGUCCUUAAUUCCGAUGCCCAUAUUCACGCCUUAACCGACACGCUUCGAUCGACCGAGGAGGAAUUAGAACGCUUGAGCUCGCUAGCGGCGCAGACGCAGAUGUUGGAGAAGCAGUUGCUGGACCUCGAAAGGGAGCAGUCGCAGCUACAGAGCAAUCUGGACGCAAAGCUAGUCGACGAGCGUACAGCCAUACAGCGGUGGAAGAUGGCAGAGAGGACCAUAGGAGAUCUGCAGGACCAGAUUGAUCGCAUUGAAAAGGAAGCGCGCGAAGAGCGGAAGCGCCAUGUCGAAGUUGUGGCACGCAUGGAGCGCAGAAUGGCUGUCGAGGGCGAGCUGAACACGGCUGCAGACAGACUAAAGGCAAAAGCAGGCCAUGACAAGGGUACCACCAACGUUGUUUCGCACUUUGUUAAGGACAUCCUGCUCGAUAACGCAAAUCUGCAACACGGCAUCGUGGAGCUCAGGGACAUGUUAAUGACCUCAAAUGAAGAGGUGGAGCGCCUACGAGAUCAACUGACGGUACAUCAACCGCUAUCGACACCACCAGCUGAAGAUACGCCUGCUACGACAUUACAAAAGGAGCUAGCAAUGGAAUCGGAAGCAAUAUCAAACCAAGAGCUGCAUAUCCACCACCACUACCAUGGCCCAAAGAUCAGCAAGAACCUACCAAAGCCACAAGCUCCACGACGUCCCAAGAAGAAACGCUUCAGCCUCACGCCUACUCACUUUGAUCCACCUCCGUCUCUUGAUCGAUCCUCCACGGCAACCUUACUAGACCAAACUGCUGCCACUGUACCCAACUCCCAUCGCAUGUCUCAAGCGUCCACCUUGGCUCCAGGCUCUUAUCCAGGUUCACCCGUGUCCGAGAGCCACCGUGGCUCCAUUUACGAUCGCGUCUUCAGUGAUGCAGCCUACGACUCGUCACGGCCAAGUAGUCCUCCAGACUCCAUCGAUCUUCACUCUCCCAUGUUUGGUCCGACGCGGUUGAACGAUUACAGUUCCGACCAAGACCGUACCCAGAAGCACCGGCGCCGAAGAUCUCAUCACCUGAAGCCGCCUAGUCUGUCGACGAUUCGUAGUGCGAGUACGCCAAUCUCUCUGAUGGCUAAGAGCAGUCCGGCCACAGCCAUCAUAUCAGCCGUCAGCCCUUCCAAUUCGUUCUCGAACGAUAUCUUCACACUUUCGCCUCUGAUUAAGCCCGAACCUCAAGCAGCGAUCCCCGAGGAAAGUGAAGACACUCCAUUACCCUCGCCUGAAGAGCCCGAACCAGAUGAUUUUGUUUCGCCUCUAACGCAAAUGCGCACUCCUCUUCGCCGACACGCAUCUCACGAGUCUCUCAUCUCCGUAUCUGGAAUGGAUAUACACACGCUGCAGUCCCGACCUUCACAGUUACUUUACUCUUCUUCUCCACGCUUUUCAACACCAGGUGGCGCGGGUUCUGUAGGCCCCGAGCUCACACCAUGGACUGCUACCGCCCACGGAAAUCUGUCGAAAAAGACCAGUGAUAGCAGCACCCUCAAUCGCUCACUCUUAUACUCCAGCAUCGCCAACCAGAAGCGAGGCCCUCGAAAGAGCGAUGGCCCACCCACUUCCUCAAGCACGGGCAUCGGCAUAGGCAAAAAAGUAGGAGGUUGGGUCUUUGGCAAAUGGGGCGCUGCGCCUGCACCUGCUCCCGAACCACCGCGUCCCACAUCUUCGAACAGUCAGCAAACGCAGUCUAGUCAGGGCACAGCGACCGGUACGCCGGACACGGCGAAAAAGACUGUUGACAAAUCGAAGCUCAGACCGUCGGGCGUCAACCAGAAUGGCCCGAUCCGGGGCUUCUUCGACAUCCCGGAGACACCUACCAAGGUCGUGGUGCACGAUUACGAUGCUGAUGCCCUUUGUGAAGCGCUUGCAGAGGCGUCUUCUACAUAAUCCUACAUCCUCUAGUCCUUGAUAUUUCUAUCAUCAUAUAUCUCGUUAUGUUUUCAUACUGUUGUUUGGUUUCGCUCUCGCUUUUUUUCAUGAACAUAGACUGCAUAUUUUUUGGCGUUGGAUACCUAGAUCGAUUAGGCAUGAAGUACGCCCGUAAUGACUUCGUUUGGUUAGCAUGGGGUUUGGAUUUGGGUCUGGGAAUUGGGGGAAAAGGUCCUAGAAUUGAAUUCGGAGCGCGCUUUUCUUUUUUCUAUGCAUUGGAAGUUGAUACCCACAGACAGACACAGACGCUAUAACAGAUGGUAGUCUUUUAUGUACGGCAGUUGAAUAGAAUGGCAUUAAUCAAUCUUAUCACAUUAAUUUAACACGCA